UCCGUGUUAGAAUACGUGAAAGUCAUCACGUGGCACGUAUUUUUUUUCUAGUCGACGAAAAUCUAGUCGUUUAUAAAUUAAUAUAAAAUUCCUCUAACAUCAUAAAGGUCAUGUCAUUCAAGGCCAGUUGCUUGACCGUGAAAUAACACAAAAUAACACUCGGAUUAAGUUCAAUUUAGUUUAUCAGUUAAACUAUAUGAAUUACCCAGUGACAUCGACAAAACAAUUCUGAUAAUACUUUUUAGUUUAAAAAAAUUGUGACAAAAUGAAUAACAAGAGCAACGAUGAGGAUGACGCUGGAAAAUCAACAUGUCAAGAUGCAUCAGUGAAACCAACAGAUCAACAAACAUAUUUUAGUGAUGAAAAAGUUCCAAUUCCAGAUGUACCUGGUGAUGGAUUUAGUUUUAAAAAAUUAUGGGCUUUUACUGGACCAGGAUUUUUAAUGUCCAUUGCAUAUUUGGAUCCUGGUAAUAUUCAGUCUGAUUUAAAAUCUGGUAUAACAGCAAAUUACAAGUUAUUGUGGGUUUUAAUGAGUGCAACAAUUCUUGGUCUUAUUAUGCAAAGAUUAAGUACACGUUUGGGAGUUGUAACAGGUGUACAUUUAGCUGAAAUGUGUUAUAUACAGUAUAAAAAAUUGCCAAGAUUUAUUCUUUGGAUUAUGAUUGAAAUUGCUAUUAUUGGAAGUGACAUGCAAGAAGUUAUUGGAACUGCAAUUGCUCUGUAUUUAUUAUCAUUUGGCUAUAUUCCAUUGACUAUUGGAGUUAUUAUAACUGUCUUGGAUACAUUUACAUUUUUACUUUUGGACAAAUACGGUUUACGUAAACUUGAAAUUAUUUUUGGAUUUUUAAUAACACUUAUGGGUGUGUCAUUUGGAUAUCAGUAUUUUAAAGACAUUCCACCUCAAUCAGAUGUUUUUAGUGGAAUGUUUAUGCCAUGGAAAAGUGAAUAUGAUGGUAGUAGUGUUAAAAGAGCUGUCGAAAUUGUUGGUGCCGUUAUAAUGCCUCAUAAUUUAUAUCUUCAUAGUGCACUUGUCAAGUCAAGAGCUAUUGAUAGAAGUAAAUCGAAAAAUAUUAAAGAAGCAAAUAAAUAUUUUUUUACUGAAUCAUCAAUUGCUUUAUUUAUAUCAUUUAUAAUAAAUGUAUUUGUUGUUGCUGUAUUUGCAAAUGGUUUAUAUGGAAAAAAUGAAAGUUUUGCAUUUGAAACAUGUGCAAUGUCUGGAAAUGAAAAUUAUAAUAAUAUAUUUACAAAUUCAUCAACACCAUUGGAUGAAAUUGGAAAUAUUUAUAAUGGUGGAAUAUAUUUGGGUUGUAAAUUUGGUGUUAUUGCAAUGUAUAUUUGGGGAAUUGGUAUACUUGCUGCUGGACAAUCAUCAACAAUGACUGGUACCUAUGCUGGACAAUUUGCAAUGGAAGGAUUUUUAAAUCUCAAAUGGCCAAGAUGGAAGAGAAUUCUUUUAACACGUUGUAUUGCAAUUAUACCAGCAAUAUUUAUUGCAUUUAGUUUGAGCAUUGGAGAUUUUAGUGAUGUCAGUGAUCUUUUGAAUGGUGUCAUGAGUCUUCAAUUGCCAUUUGCAACAAUUCCAGUUAUUGCAUUUACAAGUAGUCAUCAUAUUAUGGGAAACUUUAAAAAUGGAUUACUCAAUAAGAUUGUGACAACUGCUUUGUCUGGUGUUGUUAUUGCAAUUAAUAUUUAUUUUGUUAUUUCAACUGCUCAAAAAUAUGUCAAUGGAUUCUUCAGCUAUUUUAUUGUUGGUCUAUUUGCCAUAUUGUACAUUACUUUUUGUAUUUAUUUAAUUAUUCAUAUGGCUAUUUCUAUGGGAGCUACUUAUCUCUUGAAAUUCAAGAUUAUUGAAAAAUAUGUUGGUAGUCCAAUUGAACUUCAAUCUACACUUGAAAAUAACUCAAUUGUUUUAAAAUAAAUCAAUUUAAAAUUGAAAAAAGAAUAGAAACAAUUUUAUAUUCAAUAAAAAUAUAAAAAAUGUAAAUAAUAUUUUUUUUUUAAUUAAAAUUUUUAUAAAAUUUUUAUCGUUAGUUUGAAAAACUUGUUAAAUGAUUUAUAAAUUUUUUAUUUUAUAAAUAAAUAUUAUUCAAAUGAAUUGAAAAAAAAAAAAUUACUUUCAUGUCCUAUUAUUAUGAUUUAUAAAUUUUUUAUUUUACAAAUAAAUAUUAUUCAAGUGAAUUGAAAAAGAAAAAU